GAUGUUUUAAGAACCACUGUGUAAAAACGCCCUUAGGGUUGGUACUAAAGAAACGGAUUCCUUCGCCUACGCCACUGUCGGAGAGAGCAGUUAAUUGAUUGAGGUUAGAUAACACUUAUUUAAUAGCUUAUUCUUUGGAGUAUCAAAAAUGCUUCGAAAUUUUGCUGUUGCUCUUAACUCGGGCCUACGACAUACCGUCGUACGUAAUGCGAUACAUAAACCGACCGUCGUUAUCGCAAAUCGAACCAUGUCCCAUGGGAAAACCGAGACCGAUCAAGAAUUCGACGAUAGGUACGAAAACUACUUUAACAGAAAAGAUAUCGAUGGUUGGGAAGUGAGGAAGGGAAUGAACGAUUUAUGCGGUAUGGAUUUAAUUCCCGAGCCGAGAAUAAUUAUAGCAGCUAUGAAGGCGUGCAGACGUAUUAACGACUAUGCGCUGUGUGUUCGAUUUUUAGAAGCACUUAAAUUCAAGUGUGGUGGGAAAGUGAAUGAAAUCUACCCGUAUAUCCUAAGGGAAAUUCAACCCACUUUAACUGAAUUGGGAAUAAGUACACCCGAAGAAAUGGGAUAUGAUAAACCUGAAUUGUACUUGAAAUCUGUGCAUGAUUAGUGCAGCUAAAUAUUUCGGUUAGAUUCUUGUAACUAUGUAAUAAAUAAAACUGAUCAUUGCUAGCCCAAA